AUGUCUGAAACUCCCAUCUGGCAACCAGACAGUGAUGCAAGCAGCUGUGUAUUAUGUGAUACUCAGUUCACUCUAUUUAACCGGCGCCACCAUUGCAGAAAAUGUGGACGGGUUGUCUGUGCAACGUGCUCAGCCCAGCACAUCAACUAUUUCCCUAACUCUCGUGUUCUAUUACCCGAUAAUACUCUGGUGAGAGCCAUUCCUCAAGAUCACUACAGAACAUGCGACGAGUGUGUGGAAGAGGUACGGAUGAUUCGGAGAGCUCUCUUUGAGUCGCCAAUAUCAGAGGCGCUGCCGAGUGCUUCCCAUGCUCGUUCACCAGAUUUGGAGGACACUCCAGAGUUCGAACGCCACAGUGGUGCCUCCAUCACCAAGUACGCCUCUCGUGUGGGCACCGCCGCCAUGGAUCUGACCUCGACACUCGAUACCCGUAACGGCGACACCGACAGCGAUGACAAUUUGUGUCCCGUGUGUGGUGUAGACUUGUUGAAACUGUAUGUUUCCGAGGUGAAACUGAAGAGACGAGAAUCCAGCCAUUCAGACUAUGAGGCGUUCAAGGAGAGCCAUAUUAGUGAAUGCUUGGUGGCAUUUGACUUCGCAAAUGAUCACAAUCGGCUUGGCUCGCCUCCAGGAGCAUCCUCAACCAGAAAUCGAAUGUUGGUCUACAACAUACCUCCUUUCCCCAAACCUAGCUAUGAAAUCAUCGACGUCCAUCAGAGCACUUCCGUGGACACACUUCCACAACUGGACACAGCUUGCGGUCUGGUGACAUCAAAUUCCACUGUCCAACUCGAGAAGGACGUUACAGAUUUGGAAUGUGUGAUCUGCUUAGAAGAACUCAGGCCAGGUGAUAAAGUGGGACGCCUCGAAUGUCUCUGUGUGUUCCACUACAAAUGCAUCAAGGACUGGUUCAAUAAGAAAGGCUACGGUGAGUGUCCAGUGCAUUUCUUGCAUCAUUAG